AGUUCUAGACCAGCUGUUGCCAGAAUUGAAUGUGCUACUAAAGCUUCUGGACCAUGAAUUCCUUAGUGCCACCACAAGAGAAAAAAACAAAGCGCGGUAUGCAGCAUCUUGCGACAGCUACAGCCUGCUCCAGGAGAUGACCUGGAUUUCCAGUAUAUGAACACUGCUGCCUAUCACAAUGGCACCAGCUUUGUGGAGUCCCUCUUUGAGGAGUUUGAUUGUGACCUGCAGGAAUUACGAGACAUGCAUGAUGAAUACAAAGACACAGAGAGCCAAUCUUCUCCGCCUCCACCACCACCAUGUGCCCCUCCACCACCAUUGCCUACCACUCCCCCACCAGAAGAUUACUAUGAGGAGGCUGUGCCACUUGGGCCAGGAAAGUCCACUGAGUAUAUAACAUCUCGCAACAGUUCCAGUCCACCCAAUUCCAUAGAAGAUGGAUAUUAUGAAGAAGCAGAUAAUAAUUACCCGCUUACCCAAAUAAAUGGAGAGCAGAAACAUUCAUAUAAUGAGUCUGAUGGUCUGAGCAGCUCUUAUGAGUCCUAUGAUGAGGAAGAUGAAGAGGGCAAAGCUCAGCGUCAGAUGCACCAAUGGCCUUCCCAAGAAGCCUCCCUGCACCUGGUCCGGGACAGCAGAAUCUGUGCAUUUCUUCUGCGCAAGAAGCGCUUUGGCCAGUGGGCCAAACAGCUAACCCUAAUCAGAGACAACAAGCUACUGUGUUACAAGAGCUCUAAGGACCAGCAUCCUCACUUGGAAAUGCCACUGCCUCUGUGUAACGUCAGCUACGUCCCAAAAGAUGGCCGACGUAAGAAGCACGAGCUACGUUUCUGUCUUCCCAACUCAGAGCUACUUGUGUUGGCGUGUCAGAGCCGGGAGCAGGCUGAAGAAUGGAUGAGGGUGAUCAAGGAGGCUAGUAGCCCAACUUCAAUACAUUUAACUGCUUCCCCAGCACUGAGACAUAAAUUGGAUCUGGACAAGAGGUUGUCACAUGACAAGACAUCUGACUCCGACAGUGCAGCGAAUGGUGACAACAGUUCCCCCAGUAGUGGCAAAGAGAACCGUGACAAUGUGAAGUGUCGGAGAAGUGGCUUGGCUGAGUUAAAGGGUUCCAUGAGUCGGGCUGCGGGCAAGAAAAUUACAAGGAUAAUUAGUUUUUCUAAAAAGAAGCAUUCUGCAGACGAACAGCACACCUCAUCCACAGAUGAAGAUGUCCCUUGUUGUGGUUUCUUGACUGUACUUGUGAACCAGUGCUGGAAGGAACGUUGGUGUCGUUUAAAGGGUUACACAUUGUAUUUUCACAAGGAUCGCAAUGAUCUACGAACUCACGUUAACUCUAUUGCACUGAGGGGCUGUGAGGUCUCACCAGGGUUUGGACCAAAGCACCCAUUUGCUUUCCGAAUCUUACGCCAAAACCAAGAAGUCUGUGUUUUAGAGGCUAGCUCCUCUGAAGAGAUGGGCCGAUGGCUGGGGUUACUGCUGGCUCAGACUGGUUCAAAAACCAAACCUGAUGCUCUGCACUAUGACUAUGUUGAUGUUGAAACAAUAGCCAACAUCGUCACUGCUGUGCGUCACUCUUUCCUGUGGGCAAAAUCUUCACAUAGCAGUAGUAGUGAUUCCCGAAUCUAUGAUGACGUGGCCUAUGAAAAGGUGGAAGACCCUAAACGUACUCAAGGUGGAACACAGGUAAAACGCCAUGCAUCAUCUUGUAGUGAAAAGUCCCGGAGAGUGGAUCCUGAAGUUAAAGUCAAGCGUCAUGCUUCAAAUGCCAAUCAAUAUAAGUAUGGCAAAAACAGAGCUGAGGAAGAUGCACGGAAAUUUGUUAUUGAAAAAGAACGCCUGGAACAGGAAAAGGAGGCCAUCCGAAACAAGCUGCUAGCUCUUAGGAAAGAAAGGAGAGAGCUGAAGGAGCUUCUGAAGAAUAGUACAGGGAAGCAGCAACAGGAACUGGAGACAAAGCUGGCCUCACUAGAGGAACAGUGCAAGGACAACGAGAAGAGCCGUGUAGACCUGGAGCUUCAACUUUCAGAGGUGAAAGAAAAUCUGAAGAAAUCCCUUGCUGGAGGCCCCUCUCUUGGACUUUCAGUGACUGGAAAACCUGAAAAUCCUACCCCCAAGGCCCAGCAAGAAAGUGAACGCCCUGCACCUAUCAACAGUGCAGCAGAGCUGAGACGCAGAUCGCCUUCCAUAGUAACAAGCAGUAAAGGGAAGGUGUUGCAAAAAGCCAAGGAAUGGGAAAUGAAGAAGCAGUAA